AUGAUGGUAUUUGACCCCUCGCUCGACGCGCUUACAGAAGAUCGAAACGAUCUCGGGCUGCCGCUAUAUUUCGAAAAGCCCACAAAUCAACCAGAAGAAACCAUUCUGCAGACCUCCUACGGGUUCUUUCUCCUCAUUGCCGACAUCACUAGGCAAUCUCGGCUAUCUAGACCGCUCGACCGCGCCGAGGUCCUCAAAUGGCGGAGCCUAGAUCGCGAGCUAUCGCGCUGGAUCGGGCUCACUUCCUCUGCGGACAUGACUCUUGGACUAUGUUACCUGGCAGUCUGUAUCCUGCUCCAGAAAACGAAUCCAGGCAUAACUUCAGCUGAGCGAAGCCGGCGAGUGCGCUCGUGUUUGGAGGAAGGGUUGCCGCGACUUCCCCUCUUGAAUAUAGAAUGUUACCCACCUGUGUAUCUGCUAUGGCCGGUGGCCAUCCUCGGGGCCGUUGCCGCAAGCCUCGACGAGAGAAACAUUGUUCAAGAUUGCAUCGGCCUCGUUGUUGCCAAGAAGUUAGGGGGGCAGGGCGCGUGGGUGCAGAAGAGAUUGGCGCGAAUUUGGAAGGCCACCAGCUCUGCCUUUACGUCACCAGAACCAAAUCUUGCCGGACUGCAAAGUCUGCUUGACGGGACGUGA